AAAUACAAAUUUUACAGAGGAAGAAAUCCGUCGAUGGCAUAGUGAUUUCCUAAAACAAUGUCCAAAUGGGAAAAUGGAUAAAAAGCAGUUGACUGAAGCUUACAAAUUCUAUCCAAAUGGUAAAGUUGAUAAUUUUGUUAAAAAUGCAUUUGCAACAUUUGAUAAAAAUCAUGAAGGUAAUUUAGAUGAACGUCUAGCAGUAGCAUUUGAUAUGCAUGAUAUCUCGGAUGACGGUCAAAUUGAUCAGAAAGAAUUAACAAAUAUGAUUUCGGCAAUUUAUGAUUUAAAUGGUGAAACCGAUCGCCAGGGUGAUCGCGAGCCAAAGAAACGUGCUGCAAAGAUUAUAUCUGCAUUAGAUGUUGGUAAUGAUAAAAAAAUAUCAAAACAAGAAUUUAUUACCGGUUGUAAAGCUGAUCCAAUUAUAUGUCAUAUCUUAGCACCAUUUAAAUCAACGUCGAACACUUUAGUUAUGGAUUAUUAG